GCUGCAAAACAAUCAGAACUAUUACCUCAACUAACUAACCAAUGGGUGUCAAUUUAACUUUUUACACCUAACCUGAUCCACCAACGAGCAAUAAUAAAAACGUCACCAGUCAGAAGUGUCAGCUGUGUGAUGACUCUUUACCUAUUUCAACGGAAUCUCUCAUUCCACCAGAAAUCUUCGCUUCAUAGGGUUAAACCCAGUCCCAGCCACUCCCACUGAGCCUUCCAACAACGAUAAUGUCGAGAUUUCCUCAAAGUGUUGUACCAAUUUGAAACCAGUCGUAAUAUUUCGCCAACAAUGUGCCGAUGUGAAAGUGCCAGCAUUCAGUCAACAGCCCACCGAACCCCCAAAAAUGAAUGCCCUUCUGAAAACCGUCACAUCGAUGACGAACAAGAGAAAUGUCCUGGUGAAAGAGUCCCUUCGCAAACAACUCAAUACUGUUGUAAUGGAGAUGCAGGGAGUGGAGGACGUGAAUGAUGGAAAGCCAGUGGGGAACUGUGAGGAGUCAAUGGCCCUGUGCUCAGUCCUGGAGGCCAUAUUCCUCCACGGCUUGAAGGACAGUCUCCUGAACAGAGUGACAGAGGCCCUCUCAGGCCCCGACUUCGAUGCUAUGCCUCAGCCAUCAUUCUGGGGACCUCUUCUGGUCUUCUCCCACCGUCAGAUGAUCCAUCACAUUCAGGAGCUGAAGCAGAUAACGACGGAGGUGGGUUACUGUAGGGCUUGGAUUAGAAUUGCUCUGAAUGAGGGCCUUCUUUCCAGCUACUUCGCCUCCAUACAUCGUGACAGUUCCCCAUUGAAGCCUUAUUACGACAGAGCUGCUUUCAUCCGGGAUUUUGAUCACAUGGAAGUUGCCAGAAGACUCAUCGAGAGUUUGGAUGCUAUUGCAUUCGAUUUAGCCUGUAACAAUAGCCUUCUUAACUUCUGGUCCAGUACUCCUCUGCUGAUGGCUGCUAUAUGGUCACCACCGAUGAAAUCCUGCCCUAUUUUCAGUGCUGUUGACAUCGCCAAGACCAUUAACAGUGAGAUCACUGAGGCUGAUACCCUUGAAGAUGUCGAAACGGCUAGUUCCAUUGGAAGCAUUGGAUCCUUCACCUCCUCUGGAGUUCUUAAUAAUGCUACUGUGAGUGAGGACGAAGCUCUCAGGAUUAUCCUCUCGAAUGGGGGGAGGAAAGAGAAGAGAAGGGAGAAAGAAGGGAUUUCUCCUGCUAGAAGUCCCAACAGGAAUCUGGGGAAUUAUGAAGGGAGGAGCAGUGAGGAGAGAGUGGUGGAGGGUUGUGAGAGUGUCCAAGACCAUCAAGAGGGUAUCAGUAAAGAGGAUGAGGGGGUUGCGAUUAGAAGGGAAGGUGAGGAAGGUGGUGGAAAAGCUGAGGGGACAGUCUCUGUUGGAAAUUCAUUGAUUGGAAAGCUGGGGUGGUCCACUUCCCUGGAGGAUGUGGAGUCUUCGAUGACUUCAUCGGUGAUGUCGGAUGGGUCGAAUGCGUCGAAUGCGGAGGCUCAGAAAGGGGCUGGAGAAGGAGCAACAUAUGAUGCGCUUAUUAGGAGCUAUCAUCCUGGUGGGUAUGCUACUUCACCGGACUUGAGGGAUUUCUUAGGGAGAUAUGCUUCCAACGAGGGGAUAGAGAAGAAAAAGCCUGAGGAAGAUGCUGAGAUAACAACAGACGACUUCGACACUCAGAUUGGUAAACUACCUCGUGAGAAGGGCCUGGACACUCAGAACUACAGUUGCCUGGAUUGUGACCAGCCAGUGGGAAUGACCUUCGCAAAAGCUCACGUUUGUUCGUUCACUGGUAACUACUACUGCACCAACUGCAUGUCGACCGAGGAGUUCCUCAUCCCAUCGCGAAUAAUCCACAAUUGGGAUUUGAAGCAUUAUCCAGUGAGUAAACGAGCAGCUGAAUACCUGACUGAUUGCUCUACACUCCUGAACCUGAAGAUACUGAAUCCAAGGAUAUACACAAUAGUGGAGAGCAUGGCCCAGCUGCAGGCCCUCAGAAUACAACUAAAUCUUCUACGUGCCUAUUUAUUCACCUGCAGAGAGCCGAUAAUCGAUUCGUUGCAGAAAAAAGUUGCCCCCAGAGACUAUUUGUAUGAACACGUGCAUCACUACUCAGUGUCUGAUUUGCUUGAUGUGCCUUCCGGAACCCUUGCCCAACAGCUCCAGAAAGUCGUGGAGUACGCCAGGAAUCAUGUGCUGAACUGCUGGUUGUGCAGUCAAAAGGGAUUUAUCUGCGAGGUUUGCAACAAUCCCAAAGUUAUUUAUCCAUUCGAUAUGCAAUCAACAUUUAGAUGCAGCGGAUGCAACGCUGUCUUUCACGCUGACUGCCUCAACUCUACAAAAUCAUGUCCAAAGUGUGAGAGACGAAGGAAACGAAUUGACCGGUUGCUCCGCGAUGGGGAGACGACACUCCCCCAGAACAUCAUGACAUCCUCACCGAUUCAUAUGAAUUGAUUUGUAUUAUAAUAAUAGAUUUAAAUAGCCCAAUGGUUCGAAAUGUGUAGGAUCGUACCUGGCGCCUUGGAGAGGGGGUAAACCACUCGUACGGGGUUCACCAGGUGCUUUAUCACCUGGGGCCGCCGAGGGGGAAGGAAGAAAUUCAGGGCAGAGGAUAAAUUAAUUGAUUGAUUGAAUUUUAAACUAAAAUGUACGAAAAUGUUUGGUCAGAUUUCUGCGGAAAUUUCAUUUUUUUUUGGUGAUUGGGGGAAAAAUUCAGGUGCUCAAGCUGGACUUUGCUUUGAAUAGAAGGAUUCAAUUGAAAAAUUUAUUAGGAUUUCAGUUUUUAUGAUUUAUUUCAUUAAGAUAUUUUCUAGAGAAAUUUUUCGACAUAAAUUCGAUAUUAGAAAUUAUAUUAAAUAUUUUUUUAAUGGAAAGACAAACAAAUUAAGGGAAUAAAUGUGAAAAUUCAUGUUGAGGGAUUUAUAUGGAGAAUAUCUUAAUGAAAAAAGUUGUGUAAUAGUUUUAACAAAGUGAUUUGACGGGUCAAGUUGUGGAUAAAUAUCUGUCAAUCUGAAAAUAGAAGAAUUUAUCAUGUUCACGUAAUUUUGCGACAGUAAAAAAACUUCGUGUGAAGAGUAAAUUGUUUUUCAAGAACUGAUCAUGCAGUAGAAUUGAUUUGAAGUGUCCUUUGACCACAUAAAUAUGGCACUGGGUAUGAGGCUAGCCAUAUGAGGAUCUUCAGACGGUAUUCGUAAACAAAUUGGGCUUGGGAUAUCGGUAUUUCAGCGAUGUAAUCAUUGUACAACAUAUAAUUUUAUUAAAAAGUUUAUCAUUGAUAAUAUCGUAGCUUAACUCAACAAACUCUCUCACCUCUCACUAACACCAGCAACUACUGGGCAUUCAAUUACGAUUUUAUAUUGUUUGUAUUAUUUGUUUGCAAGUGGCCCCUCAAACAUUACAUGUGAUAUUAAAUUAGAAUACAAAUGAAACGAAUCUAAUAUAUACAAACGAUGAUGUGCUAAGGCAAGACACAUUCAAUACCCUGAAAACCAAGAACAUAUGCUAGUGCCAUCGAUUAUGACCGAAUUUGUACUUUGAAGCCGAGAAGAACUUCUUCAACGAGUAUCGAACAAUAUUUUUCUUAACAUACGAAGAAGAGGACUCAGAGAUCUCUUGUAUUGACACUACAAAUUGCUGCUGACACUCGAAUCUUAAUUAGAGUUUUAAGGCAAUUUUUUUAUGUACAAAAUUGUAUUUUCUAAGUUGUUGCAGUUGUAAUGCGACGAUAGAUUUGCUCCUCUCAAAAAAACAUUUUCAAACUAUGAAUAUAUAUUGUUUUAUGAGGGAGAAUUAUGCGUUUCAUAACAUCCAUUACAAAUUUAUUAUUAUUAUUAGAUUAUUUUUGAUUCUAUGAUGUUUUUGUUGCUAAAGUAAAGCUUUUCAUUUUUCUAAAAUAUUGUCGACUCGAUAAAACAAAUUUUCUUUGAA